AUGGAAACUUAUAUGACACUAGUUUUAACAGAUUCUUAUUUAAUCGGUGCACAAGUUUUAGCAUGGUCUAUAAAAGAUUCAGGAUCUAAAAAAUAUCUUUCUGUACUAGUUACAAAAAAAACUCUUUCAGAGUCUACUCUUAUAACAUUGAAUGAAAUAUAUGAUGAAGUGAUAAAUGUAGAGCCUAUUUAUAGUAAAGACAUAGAUAAACUUAAUCUUUUUGGUCGACCAGAUCUUCAUGCUUCUCUCACAAAAAUACAUAUUUGGGCUCAAGAAAAAUUCAAAAAAAUUGUAUAUUUAGAUGGAGACACAUUUUGCACAAAAAAUGUAGAUAAGCUAUUUGAUCUGGAUACUGAUUUUGCAGCAAUUCCAGAUAUUGGUUGGCCAGACAUUUUCAACAGCGGUGUGUUUGUCACUAAACCCAACAUUUCUAUUUACAAUUCACUUAUAAAUCUUGCAAAAAAUAACAUAUCAUAUGAUGAAUUUAAUUUAGGAGGAGAUCAAGGUCUUCUUAACUACUACUUUUCGAAAUGGUAUCGAUUACCUUUUAUAUACAAUGUAGUUCCUUCAUUUUCUUAUCAAUAUUUGCCAGCAUAUAAUCAGUUUGGAUCUGAAAUAUCUAUAGUACAUUUUGCAGGAACAAAAAAGCCCUGGAUACUGAAUGGACACAAUACUAACUAUAGACCAUAUAAUGAACUAAUUGAAAAAUGGAAAUCAAUACUAAGAAAACAUAGUAAAAAUCAAAAUUUAGAUGAAAUUUUGUAUUCUAAAAAACAGCUUUUGAAAACAAAAGAAACUAAUAACUUAAUGUCAAAAAAAAACGUCUUCAAAAACGAAACGUUUUAUAAGCUAUCAACUCAAAAAGUCUCUUUGGAUACUAGAACAGAAUUUAGCACUGAAAAACUAAAAGAACAGAGUUUAUCUUCAAUUUCUCACGAGACGACAUUUUUUAAUAAUAUUAAUUAUAAAAACAAAUGGAACGAACCAUUCAAUCCUAACGAAUUAUCCUUCAAACCAAUAUAUCCAUUACCAAUGCCGGAAAAUAUAAAAAAGGAGAUGGAAGAAUAUAAUAAAAAUACUCAAAUAGAAAAAAUAUCACCAUUUUUUUGGAACAAAAAAUCAGCAGUUACUAGAGUAUUUUUAAAUGAUGAACCACAAAAAAAAGAAAUAGACGUGUCAAAAUACGAAGUAAAAAUAACUUCACAAAAUGUGUUUUUAUAUUAUAAAACAAACAAAAUACCAAUCUCUAAAACUUAA